AUGUUCAUGGUGUCAAAAAUAAUCACUACCAUCUGUGUUCCUCCUCAUAGAUUCGGGGAAGAUUUUGAGGAUGUCAUCGAGGACCUGUUUAACGAAAAAUUUGCUAAUAAGGUAAUUCUCAAUGUUGGUCUUUGCAUACGUUUGUUCGACAUCUAUGAAAGGUCUGUCGCUUACGUUUUUCCAGGUGAUGGUGCAGCAGUGACAAGAGUGUCCAUUAUUUUCUUCGACAACAUCUUUAUUCCCGCUGAGAAACUUCCCAAUCCUUCGAGGUUUCGAGAAAGGGAGCAGCUCUGGAUUUGGGAUUAUCCGACUGAUGAUGGAUCAGUGGAACUUUUCAUGGAACCCGGUAACGAGGUGAGGUUUAGAGUAAUGGAAGAAAAAUUCACCGAUGUUGGACUGAACUCAACCGCUAGUGAUGACAACCCGGUAGAGCGAGAAUCGCCCUAUGAAAUAACUGGCUCCAUUGGUGAAGCAGGCCUGGGCUGCAUUUCUUGGUGGUAG